ACGUGGUCACACUGUAUCUUGGGCUUACCGAUAAAUUGUGCAAAUACGGCGGCGGCGGCGGCGGAAAUUAAGUUAUUAAUAACAUGUCGCACUCAGGCAACAACAAUGUGCAACGUCUGCAUGUCAAUAGGCGUCUGCACAAGAUGGGGCACACAUACAAACACCCAUUUCCCAAAUUCGGUUUGCCGGAAUGCUUUGGGAUCUACAGCAUGAACGCCCAGAGGGAGUUGGAGGAUAAUGCAAGCAGUGCCAAUUACCUGUGGACGCCGCCAAAGGAAUCCUUACCCAUGGAUCUAAAGGCCGGCUAUGAGCGCGUCAUACGCAAGACAGAUCAGUCGGGAAUUAAAGAUUUGGGACAGCUUCUGAAGUACAUUUACAACCAUCAGCAGCUGCUGACAGCGACCGAGUCCAAGUCGCUCUCAUUGCACGCAGACUUUGUAGUCCUUCGCGGCGUUCUUCGGCUGCUCAUGUGCAUGCCGUACGAAACGAAGGACGAUUUAUGCGUGCGUGCAACCAUGCUCAAUGGCACCAUUUACAUUGCCAAAAUGGAUACCGAUCAGCAGCGCAAGGAAGAGCUAGCUAGCACUGAACGCUUCAAGGCCAUGUGCUCUUGGGGCUUCAAGUUCGAGCAGUACAUGUUGUCGUCGGCGCCCAAUACUGCGCCCGACACCAGCCUCCCCGUGAAUGAGGGCGUGGAGUUCACUGCAGUGUUUCGCUGCUCCUUGCAGGGAAUGCGUUUGCUCUAUGGUGCCGAAAUGGAUGGCAUCAUCAGCAAGGAUCCUAUCAAUUUCAAUGAUCCGCAAGCCCUCAAGCACGUACAGUUUGUGGAGCUGAAGACGGGCCCCUUGGAUGCCACGAGCCGCCAGAAGCGCUCAUUCAAUUUUUUUAAAUCGCGCAACUGGUGGAGUCAAUCAUUUCUGGUCGGCAUCAAAACCAUUAUAGAGGGAUUGCGCGAUGAUGACGGCAUGUGCCACGACAUUGUGCAUCACGAUGUGGCACAAUUGGCACGCAACAAGCCCUGGAGUCCAGCGGCCAUGUUCAUAUUCCUAGAGCAGUUUCUCAAGGAGCUGAAAAAACUGCUCGAGGCCAUCGAUGAUCCACAGGCUGUGGUCGAAAUUGAGUUCCUGCCGCACUCCGAUAGCGUCUACUAUCGUGUACUCAGGUCGGCCGAAGAUCAAAUAAUACCCGACUGGUAUCGCACUCUGAUGAAGGGCGAGACCUAAAUGAACGAAAACGGAAACCCC